AUGUGCGAACGGAAAGCUCCGACUCGCUCGUAGGUUGACACAAAAAUACUCUGCCACGAGGCAACCUGUCCUCAGCGCGGAGUACAGAGACCAACAGAAAGACGUAGGCAGUUGAACAGAGCAGAAGGAAGCGACGGGCGGUCUGCGGGUGACUCAAGGGCUGUGAUUACAAGCAUCGUAACACUUGUGAUUCUCGUAAAGCACUAAUUGUUCGCCCACGACCGUCAACUUCUCACCGAACUUUGACUUGGUGCCUUAGUCUGAUGAUAAUAACCAAGAUUUUUCUUUGUCCCACUGUUAUGUUUCGGCUGCUUUGGCAACAAGGCGACGCUGUGUGAAGUGAAACCUACAUGGAGUUACUGGAAGUCAGACUAUAAAUAUCGAUGUGUCGUAUCAGAUGAUAGCAGCUUUGCAAACAUCGAUGCCUGUGUGUUCAUGGUGGCAUCAAAGCACAGAAUGCCUGCCAAAGAAAGCGAUACAUAUACAAGCGUGGCUUGUGCUGAACCGGUGGCAGAUGACACGGGUGGCAACCCUAAGUCCGGGGGGAAAGCACUGAUACACCCCCAGAGAUACAACUUAAAGCACCGUUUUGAGUUAAUGCGAACUCUUGGGGAAGGGACCUACGGGAAAGUAAAGCUUGCACUUGAGAAAGCAACAGGAGAACAGGUUGCCAUCAAAUAUGUCAAGAAGACGAAGAUUCGAGAUGAGACCGACCUUAACCGUAUCCGCCGGGAAAUCCGCAUCAUGUCGAGGCUUCGCCACGAGAACAUCGUCAACAUACGUCAAGUGUUCGAGAAGAAGGACCGCAUCGUCCUCGUCAUGGAUUGCGCUCUCGGUGGGGAACUGUAUGAUUACCUCAACACCCGGCGCGUGCUGAAGGAGUCAGACGUGCGCCGCAUCUUUCGCCAGAUAGUGGCCGCCGUGCAUUACAUCCACCAGAAUGGUAUUGUUCAUCGAGAUCUGAAACUAGAAAACAUCAUCUUGGACAGCGAAGGCAACGUCAAGAUCGCGGACUUCGGGCUGGCCAAUUACUUCAGUCACAACGACAUGCUGAAGACCUUCUGCGGCAGCCCUCUGUACGCCUCGCCGGAGAUCGUCAACGGCAAACCUUACCACGGACCUGAGGUGGACAUUUGGAGUCUGGGUGUCGUGCUGUAUACUCUGGCCUAUGGAGCCAUGCCUUUCGAGAGUACUAACCCCAAAAUUCUGCGAGAACAGAUCUCCACUGGCGACUUCGCGGAACCGUCACAGCCGUGUGGUGCGGCUGGCCUCAUUCGACACAUGCUGACAGUUAACCCCGCCCGCCGAGCGACGCUGAAGGAAGUGCUCAACCACUGGUGGCUAAACAUGGGUCACGACCUGACCCCUGACGGCCGCGUCUACGAACCUUCACCCCUGCUGGUGCGGCGCUCACAUCGCCAUCACAGUUCCUUCUCCUCCGACAGUGACCUGGAGCUGGACUCGCGCUCCCCGCCGCCCGGCCUCCGCCAGCGACCCGGAAGUCGAAGCAGCAAGAAGUCGGUGGAGACUUCCUUUGACGAAGACGAGGUGCUGUACGACAUCGGGCGAGGGGCACCCCAGCCAGCGCCCUCCUCCCCCACGCCGGCCGAAUCGGCUUCGACCUCGACUUCCGGUGACCUCGCGGAGGACGAUGCCAGCCGGACGUCGGCAGGCGGGCAACCAUGGCAACGGGCCAUCGCUAGCGGAAUAGAAGAGAUUAAGGCGCGGGUCAUCCAGAGUUUGGCAGCGGACGAGGCUCUGCGGCGGAACGUGGAGGUGGAAGGCAGGAAUGGAAGAGGAGGAGUGGGGGAGGCAGUAGCUCCGGUGCAAGUGUCGGCGGAGAGUUUCGAGCACGAGAAGACCAGAGUCUUCCACUCGGACAAAAAGCCAAGGCGGGGCAUCCUCAAGCGCGGUGGCAAGUUUUCUGGCGGCGACAGCGGCUGCUGCAUCAACGAGACCAGCCCCAAGACGGCGGAGGAGGUGCUGCUGUCCCGUCGGUCCCUCCCGGCAGACCCGUCCGCGCUUCUGGCCUCCUCUCACCUUUACGCCAAAGAUCUUACCUUCCUACCGCCCUCAGUUCCUGUCCCUGGCGACAGCCAGCUAGCCUCCUCAACUACCAGCGCCGCUGGCCUAGCUCUGCCGCAGGCGGACUCCCCCAACUGUCCGCCAGGGGUCGGUGCGGCCUGGCACACGUGUCCUGUUCACCGCCUCCACUCCCGCUACGCCGUCACCUCCGUCCCGCAGCCCCCGAGUCCGACCCCUAACACCGGAAAACAGGGGCUGUCGGGAUUGGAGCCCCUCAGCAGCGCUCAGUGCACGUGCAGCUUUGACCCUGAUCCUUCCAAGGUCGUGCGACGACGCAAGGGGAUCUUGAAGACGACGGCGGCGACUGGAACAGGAGGGGCGAAUCGAGGCUCGCUGAUGGAGGACGCCCGAAAGCGCCUGAGCAUCGGCAGCCUGAGCUCCAACUCGUCAGCCGACAUCCUCGACCUGUCCUAUGACAGCGGCGAAGGCGAGCAGUUCCUGCAGCAGCAGUACCAUUACCACCACCAGCGGCCGCGCAGCCGCAACAGUCUGGUACUGGAGGCGGCAGCCAGCGACCUGCAGGCCGGAGAUCGCUGCAGCUUCUCUCUGGAGGGAGAGUUCACAGCUCUCAGUCUCGACGGCCUGGCGUCGGGGCGCCACCUGGCGGACUGUGACAGACUUUUCGACAGCCAUGAGGCCCACCAGGUGUGCCAGCAAGCUCUGGACAUUUGCAACAGAUGCUAAGUGAGCGGACAUGUUGGUUUUUGGGGUGUUUUUUUUUUAAGGGUCGGAGAACGGUUUUCUGUUGAAAACUUAAGUACUCACCACUUUCUUCACUUUGAGUGGAUGUGGUGGUGGAACGAUCUCGAAAGAUAUGGUGGCAUUAUGAAACAUUAUGUUUACCUGGUGCUUGCAGUACGGCCUGGAUGACGUGAGGGGAGGCUGAUAAGGGACAAAUGACAAAAUACAACCACAGCAACUUAUCUAGAUAUUGCAGAUCAGCAGCUGAUGAUGAUGAUGAACCUUUACACACACACUUUAGGACCAGCUUAGUCACUGUACCUGUUAACGCUUCAGCUCACCUGUCCCACCUGGCGAUGAUGUGCUGCUGCCCUCGCAUGCGGGCGUGCGACGCGACAGAUAUCCGAUCCUUCAGUCUGCAGCCUGACAGCGAAACGUGUCGGACCGUCCAGACAUCGAGCCCCACGCAGUCCUUUAGCUACAAAAACAUUUCGCUCUGAAUCACGGACCCGUGUUUCAGGAAAAACAAAACUGGUCGAGAAGAAAAAACAAUAAUAUUUUGCCAAAAGACAUUGUCACCCAUCCGAUGCCUCACCUCAGUGCUCACACGUUCUUCCGUCGCUUCUCGGUGAAAAGGUUGUGGAAAAAUGAAACCCUCGUUCUGGGUUUUAUGAACGUUCGGUUUAACUGUUCGUUAACGUGCUCACAUCCUCUCUCCGUGUAACUUUUCGUGGUCUCUUGUUUGGAGAUACGAAACAAACACUGAUGCCUCGUUGGCUCCCCGUGGGUUGCAUUUUGUAACGACUGGUUCUUAGACAACCUUGUGGACUAACUUGUUUGCUGUAUUUUUUGUUUGUUUUGUUUGUAACCAUCACUUCAUCUAAACGCUUUAUGUAUGAAUGUCAACUCGGUAAAAGUCUGAUAAGAAACGACUUCCCACGUCCUUCUUCCAGCAUAUGCAAUUUUGACAUUGACAUGUCCUGAUAGGUUAAAUCAGAUUUUUAAUUUUUUUUAUGGGCUCCCCCACUUAUUUAUUUGGUGUCAGUUAGUCCAUCACUUGCGCGCGCAUGUUGUUGUCGUGUGAGAGAAAGAGAGGAAAUGUCAUACCCAUGUAUGCGUGUUCACUUCGUUCAUGUAUUGAGCCAAAGCCUGCUGAUGGCUGUGUUGAUGCCAGAUUUGUGCAUUUGUGAAAUGUUGGCCAAAAUGUCGAUGCGAGGACAAGAGAUGCACAACAUUUGUCGACCACAUCCAGUGUCCUGCCGCAGGGAUGCUCCAACCCGUGGUUGAAGACAAAUCUCAGUUUUACUGUAUUUAGCCCGUGUUUUACCUAGCCUGAUUGUUGUGAAGGUGCUGUCCUCCCACACUUCUUGCUAUUUUACACCAUACCGUAGUCUACACAUUCAGUUUACACGUGUUCUUCCGUCAUGUCUUUUACACUGUGACAUAGUUCAGUGACAUCGUGUAUCAGUGUUCUUCCGGUCACGUGUUUCAAGCGAGCCUGCGAAAUCCUUUCCUUCAGAAAGGUUUGCGUGUUUUUGCUCUGUAAUAAAAUUUCGUCCAGACGAUCUCAUGGCAAAAGUAUUUUAUACAGGUUUUUUUUAUUCCUCCUUACUCUUGUCACAGAAAGGCUGAUCUUCGAAAGGCCUAUGAUUGCCUGCAGAAGACGUGGUUAAUCAGCCGUCGUGACCCAGGCAUUUAUAACCGAACUGGGUUUUAUUGAGAGAAAAAAAAGAGGUUUGUAAUGCUAGCAUCUGCGUGAACUGUACUUUGCCGUUACACAUGCAAAUUCUUUAAAUAUACGCUGACACAUUUUGCUCCCUCCUACCAGAACUACAUGGUCCUUCUCCAGUCGCCAUAUUUAUGCUGCUGCUGAAAAGCUGAAAGUAGACUCUUGCGACUAGAGACCCCCAGGUUGUCUGAUCUUACCUUCACCCUCUCCCCUCUACCCCUGGUGUAUGUUCGUCGUGCAUGCUGGAGAGGAGGAGGGAGGGCGAGAGUGCCCUGUGGGUUCAACUCGAGUAAAAUUAGUUUGUUUGCUACGCCUGCUUUUUGUCAGGUUUGCUUGGUGACUGUUUUGUCUAUUUGUGUGUGUGGAAGCAGUAGAAAAGAUGAAUUUUGCCGGUAGAUUUCAGUGUGGUGUUCAGUUCUAUUUUCGCAUGUGCUUUAUUUGAUGUGUAAUAACCUGUCCGCUGCGUGUGAGAAAGCAGUGUUCACUCGCCAUUGUGCAAAUAUCGUCCAAUGUACGAUUUCAAGAAAAUAUUUGAAAAAGAA